CGCGCUGUGCCCAGCUCCCUGCCCGGCCCAGCGCCAGACGAGGGGCGACACCUCGAGGUAAAAUCUAGGAGGUGCAGGAGGCUAACUCUGCAAGAGGCCCUGUCCUCCCGGAGAAGCCUCUCAGCGGCGCAGAAGAGCGGGUGCGAUGAUGGAGGAGCAGAAAUGCGAUUUAGGAAAGUCGUGUGCCCGCUCUGAGGCAGCGGUGGCUGCCCAACCCGCCGGGUCCCCAGGGGAGGCCCCCACGGUCGCCGCAGAGUCCCCGGAGCUCGCGAACUACAGUAGCAAGUGCGUGUUCUGCCGGAUCGCGGCGCACCAGGAACCCGGCACCGAACUCCUACACUGUGAGAAUGAAGACCUAGUUUGCUUCAAAGAUAUCAAGCCAGCAGCACCUCAUCAUUAUCUUGUGGUGCCAAAGAAGCAUUUUGAAAACUGCAAAUAUCUAAAGAAAGAUCAAAUAGAACUCAUUGAGAACAUGGUAACUGCUGGAAAAGCCAUUCUAGAAAGGAAUAAUUUCACUGACUUUGAAAAUACAAGAAUGGGUUUCCAUGUGUCCCCCUUCUGUUCCAUUUCCCACUUGCACCUUCAUGUUCUGGCACCAGCUGAUCAGCUGAGCUUCAUGUCAAGAUUGGUUUAUAGAGUGAAUUCCUAUUGGUUUACCACAGCUGAUCAUUUGAUUGAAAAACUAAGAACAUGAAAAUGUCAACAGUCGAAGAUUUCCUAAUCUUGGCUUAACAUAGACUAAUAUUUUGGUCUCCUUGAAGUCUAAUUACAAUUGUAAGGAUCACUGGGUUUUAUGAGAAGCUAUUACUGGGUAGCCUGAAAUUGUUUCUUCAUGUUUGUUUCCUGAAAUAUGUGAUAUGGUCAUAUAAAUUCUUUGUCAUUGACUUUGUUUUAAUGGUUCAUUGUCUAAGGUAUAAGAUACUGUAGAUAAAUCCCGUUAAAACAAAUUCUGUUAAUCAAGAAGGGCUCUGUAUUUUUUUAAGAAAUUCAAAUAUUUUUAUUUUUCAGUCAGUUGUCAGUUAUAAUAGUGAUUUAUUUAUGAAGAAUAAACUGGUAUAAAAGUACUUUAUUGAAACCUUUGUUAUAUGAAGGAGACAAAUUACUUAUUGAUUGUUCUGUAAUUAAUUUCAAAAUAAAGAGUACCAUACUACACAGUGA